GUAUUCCAAUUAGAGGCAACAAUGGGUGAGGCUGUACGAAUGAGGGAGGCCCCUCCACGGUCACAACGUUUCUGAGACGAUAGCGUUAAAACGGCCAUCGCCGCCAAGGUGGUCAACAAGGUUUAACGCCCCCAACGUUGUUCCCGCCGCCACCGCCGCUACCGCCACUACUGCCUGUACCAGCACUACCGCUGGUAGCUUUGCCCCUCGGAGGCCCAAAUGGACCAGGCAAAAAACGUGGCCACAAACGAUGGGAAGGAAAAGUCCUCCAUCCCCUCCAACAGCGGCAGCUGGUACUACCCAUCCAGGAAUCAGUUCUAUCGUACAACUCGGAAAAAAGGGUACAGCUACUCCAAGGAGGAAUUAGACGUGGCGCUUAAAAUUCACAAUGCAGUUAAUGAGGAAACGUGGAAACGAAUAAUGAAGAAGGAACAAAAAUAUUUCGACCUUUGCAAAGAGCAGAAGCUAAUCAGAUUUAUUGGACUCCCAAACAAGCUGUCCCUCAAAGCCUUCAUGCUUACCCUCAUGGGGUACAGCAAGCCCUUUGAUCGACAUGACUGGUACAUUGACAGAUGCGGGAAUACCAUCAAAUACAUCAUAGACUACUAUGACGGGAAGAGUGACGAGCGAGCUCCUGUUUCUAUUUUCAUCGACGCAAGACCCCAGUUCAGCCUGGACAACACGAUCGAUUAUUUGAAAAUGGUGUACAUUAAAAUGAGUAGAUAUUUCUUUUAGCAGGGUGGAGGUCCACCCCGUGACGCGUUCCCAUGCG